AAUUAGACCGCCAACCGCGGUACACGUGACGAGAAGACGAGAAUAUUCUAGAACGUUCGAAACGUCGUUCGAGUGCAGUGUGCCUCCACGUAUCUCUCUCGGUUACAAUGUCGAAUUUCACGGAUCCGCACGUCGCUUCGCUUCGUAGCUGUUCAGGUAGAAUAGCGUCCGUACGUCUGGUGGAACGUUGCCUGGACGUGGUGGCCGAGACAGGAUUUCGGGAGAGGUGGAACCUCGGAGCUGUCAGCAGCGAGCCUCGUCAGUCUGCUCUCGCAUGGCUCGGCGUCAUGAGGCACGCAACAAGAGACUCGAUCUCCUCCGAUCGCGAAAUGACAGAGAAUACGGAACAGACGAACCAUCCUUGGAGUGCUCUGGUGACCGUAGCCGCGUUUGAUCAGGGAACGGGUGACAAUGUCAGACCGAUCAGUAUUUACCUCACCGACAUUGAUGAAAACCAAAGCAAUGGAACAAUCCAGCCACAAGAGCAGCAAAUAGCUCAAUCCGCUAGUGUUUUAAUCGAAUCGCUCGUACAACAAUUAUGCACUGCAAUGGAACAGGAUAAAGCCAAGAGAAAAAGAUUAUUUUAUAUUGUCUGUAAUCGACUACGCCAAAUGAAUUUAAUUAAUGACAAUUACUACACGACGGAAUACGAAAUAUUAAGAGGACAGUAUGAACGUGCUUUUUGCCACAUGCUUAAACUUGCUCACAUUGAACUUGGAAACGAAAAUGUUCUAGCUAUGUCCUUACCAAGAUUUAUAAUACCGAAAUUGUUCCGUUAUCACGAGGAAUUUCACGAAAUAUGCUUCAUUGCUCGUGGAGGAUUUGGCAAGGUUUAUAAAGCGCAACACCGUCUCGACGGCAUCGAAUAUGCGAUUAAAAAAAUAACCAUGCCCGUUGAUCAUAUGGAGACAAUCCAGACGCAACUGAAAGAAGUGCGGACAUUGGCUAAAUUAAAUCAUACUAAUAUUGUUUCGUACAAUGCGGCUUGGAUCGAACCAAAAUUUCCAUCUCCCAGUGCCUCGACAUCCCCAGAUCGUAAAUCAUCACACAGAUCAAAGUAUCAUCAACCAGUAUCCAAAUACAACUCGCAGACCAUUGACGAUUUAUUCAAAAGUGAAAAAGGUCUAAAUCUUAAUAAUAAUAAUAAGAUAUGCCACAGUGAGCGAAAUAUAUUACGUGAUACUAAAGUAUCUGCUAAUAUUGAUAUGUAUACAGAUACAAGAGAGAAAAAGAUAUGUGAGAAUACUGGUGAUAGUAGUAGUGCUAUUAGCAUAAGAUUUGAGGAAGUCAAUUCAUUAGAUAACGCCAUAAAGGAAAGGAUCACAGAAGAUAGCAAUAUAGAAGAAAGUACUGACGAAUCCAGUUUAGACGUAAUUUCUUUCCAAAAAAGCAAAAAUAAAAGUAAAAGUACAGAUGAAACAAUUACCGACACAGAUACUAGUAGUAGUUAUUCGUGCGAAGAAUCCAGUAGCCAAAAAGUGUGCACGUACACUUCCACAGAAAAUCGACCAUACGUGAUUUUAUACAUUCAAAUGGCCUUGUGUGAACAAACACUCGAGAAAUGGCUGCACGGUAAAAUAAGUGCAACUCCUGAACCAAUGGUUAGAGCGAUAUUUCAACAGAUUGUUUCUGGAGUCAACUAUAUACAUUCUCAAGACAUUAUACACCAUGAUAUAAAGCCAAGCAAUAUAUUUAUUUCGACAUCGGGACAACUUCAGAUUCAAUUGGGUGAUUUCGGUUUAGCUUGUCUGAAUCACAAAAUUACAGAAUUACAAAAAGAAAAACGUCAUAAUUCUGUGAUUGGUACUCAUUUGUAUGCAGCACCAGAACAACUAAAGGGAAAGUGUGAUCAAAAGAGUGAUAUCUACAGUAUAGGAAUUGUCCUCAUCGAGCUUUUAAUUUUGAUAAAAACGCAAAUGGAGUUAUGUGCUAUAAUUAGAUCCUUAAAGAAUGGUAAUAUACCAGAAGUUCUCAUCAAGCGACACAAAUGGACACUAGUAGUCAUGCAAUUGAUACAAAAGGAUCCUGGCAAACGACCAUCGUCGAGUGAACUUCUGAAGAAUUUUGACGACGACAAGGAUAUAGUAAUAAAUAGUUUGAAAGAUACUGUUUUGAAAUUAACAGAUGAUAAUCGCGAUAAAGAUAACACAAUUCAAAAACUGCAAGAACAGAUUACAUUCUUGCAAUCUCAAUUGGAUUGCAAUAAUGCAUUAUUAAAGGAAAAAGUUGAGAAAUUGUCACCUGACAAGAGCAUAAACUAGACUGUUACGGAGCCUAAAUUUGCGAAAAACCUUGACAUGACAUUAAGAAGACUGCAAGUAUCAUGUUUUUCUCGAGUUAAUUCCUAAGAAAAUAAUAAUUUACGCACGUAAAAUCAGAUUAGUUUUUAAAUAUUUUGGAAGUUCGAUUUUGAUCCAACUCUUUGUUUUAAAUAGACAUGAGCAAUAUCUGGAUAUAUAAUAAUUCCUACUCAGUAUACUUUAGACGUCCGAGGGAAUGUUCUUCCCAAGGACAUACAUCGUUAAAACGUUCCUCGGAGAUCUAUACUGUAUGAGUUUUUGCAGAUAGGUACAUACACAUUUAUAUCUUAAAUCAAUCAAUGAUCUUAUUGUUAGUCAAUUGUAUUUAUGAUUUACAAAUAUUUGACGUACGCUAAAAUGAGGCUGUAAGAUAUCUGGAAUUGAAUAGUGCCAAUUAAAUCUUUUAGUCGAAUAUAACGUACGUAAAACUA